ACCCCCUUCCCAGGAAACUUUCAAUUAACUUACUAUUUUCAUUGUCGGUGUUAUCCUUUGCAGGUGAGAAAAUGUCUGCCAAAAGUGACUGGUUUCAGAGUUCCAGGGCCCCCAGCUUUGCUCAGAUGCUGAAAAAGAACCUGCCAGUUCAGCCAUCAACCCAGAAGGUCACCACUUCGGCAGGCCAGGCCACGGAAAGCUACAGCCUGUCGAAUAUGGCCUCCAAGGUUACGCCAGUGACGGGUAAUUUUCCAGAACCUUUGCUUUCCAAAGGUCUCUCAUCUAUUUCAAAUCCUGUCCUUCCUCCAAAAAAAAUACCUAAGGAAUUUAUAAUGAAGUACAAACGUGGAGAGAUUAAUCCUGUGUCAGCCUUGCACCAGUUUGCACAAAUGCAACGGGUUCAGCUUGACCUUAAGGAAACCGUAACAACAGGUAAUGUUAUGGGACCAUAUUUUGCUUUUUGUGCUGUGGUGGAUGGUAUUCAAUAUAAGACUGGAUUGGGACAAAAUAAAAAGGAGUCCAGAUCCAAUGCAGCAAAAUUAGCACUUGAUGAGCUUCUACAAUUGGAUGAACCUGAACCUGAACCAAGAGUCCUAGAAGCAUCAGGUCCUCCUCCUAUACCUGCAGAACCAGUUGUUACGCCUGAGCCAUCGUAUGUUUCCAAAGUACAUUAUGAAGGAAGAUAUGUACAGAAUGCGAAGUUUUCAAAGAUUGUUGAAGAAACAUUUAACCAGCUGAUUUCUAAUUCUGAUUAUCUGAAAUGUAGCAGUUCAUUGGCUGCUUUCAUAAUUGAAAGAGCUGGACAUCAUGAAGUUGUAGCUAUAGGCACAGGUGAAUACAAUUACAGUCAGUGCAUUAAACCAAAUGGAAGAGUAUUACAUGACACCCAUGGUGUAGUUACAGCAAGAAGGUCUCUCCUCAGGUACUUUUAUAGACAACUUCUACUCUUCUAUAGCAAAAAUCCUGCUAUGAUGGAAAAAUCAAUCUUUUGUACAGAACCAGCUUCUAAUCUUCUCACUCUUAAACAAAAUAUCAAUAUUUACCUUUAUAUGAACCAGUUGCCUAAAGGAUCAGCCCAGAUUAAGUCACAGCUACGUCUUAAUCCACAUUCGUUAUCUGCAUUUGAAGCCAAUGAAGAACUGAGUCUGCAUGUGGCUGUUGAAGGCAAAAUUUAUCUGACAGUUUACUGUCCUGCUGAUGUUGUUAACAGAGUAAGCAGUAUGUCUUCAAGUGAUAAAUUGACAAGAUGGGAAGUGCUUGGUGUACAAGGAGCAUUGCUGAGUCACUUUAUACAGCCAGUUUAUAUCAGCGGUAUACUUGUUGGUGAUGGGAAUUGCAGUGAUACUAGAGGCUUAGAAAUUGCUAUAAAACAGCGUGUUGAUGAUGCACUUACUUCAAAACUUCCGAUGUUUUACUUGGUCAACAGACCUCACAUUAGUUUAGUACCUUCUGCAUAUCCACUUCAAAUGAACUUGGAUUAUAAAUUCCUGAGUCUGAAUUGGGCACAAGGAGACAUUUCUCUGGAGAUUGUGGAUGGCCUUAGUGGGAAGAUCACUGAAAGCUCCCCAUUUAAAAGUGGUGUGUCAAUGGCAAGUCGCCUUUGUAAGGCUGCAAUGUUAAGUCGAUUUAAUCUGCUUGCCAAAGAAGCUAAAAAGGAAGAUUUACUUGAAGCUAGUACCUAUCAUGCAGCUAAGUGUAUGUCUGCAUCCUAUCAAGAAGCUAAAACUUUGUUGAAAGCCUACCUACAGCAACACGGCUAUGGCUCCUGGAUUGUGAAAUCUCCCUGUAUAGAGCAAUUUAGUAUGUGAAUUAAACAAUCCCUUGUCAUAAUAAAAAUUUCUAUUUUU